GCGGAUAGAACGAGAAAGGAGGGGCCGGGGGAGCGAAGCGCGAGGGAGUCCCGACGAUGAGCUCCAGUGCAUCCCGCUGUCCAAGACAGAGACCUUAGCGGACAAUGGGAUUGUGUGAAUCACAUCGCUGGCCUGCCGUCUGAAGAGCGACUUUUACGGGAUUGGUAUUGCAGCAGAUUGGCGAUGCUUCCCCUAUCGGACCGUAGGAGGACGAGAUGUCCCGUCUCGUUGCACGUUGCCUGUCUGUCUCUUGCGGUUUACGGUGUCGUUCAUUUUUUCUACAAAGUGGCAGCAACUUCUGGGACUCCACGCGUCGCUCGAGUACGUCGAGACUUGGGAAACCAAACCCACUGUGUGGCUCCUCCAUCAUCGGAAUUUCCAGAAGCAUUCUUCAAUGAACAGGAAAGGAAAGAUGGCGGAAUCGUUAUCCAUUUCAUCAUUAUAUUUUACAUGCUUUUGGCCAUCUCCAUAGUCUGUAACGACUACUUUUUGCCAUCUUUAGAAAUAAUAAGUGAACGUCUUGGCCUUUCUCAGGAUGUAGCCGGAGCGACGUUUAUGGCAGCCGGCAGCUCUGCACCUGAAUUAGUGACGACGUUUCUGGGUGUGUUUGUCACAAAGGGGGACAUUGGAGUCAGCACCAUCGUGGGGUCUGCAGUUUACAAUUUGCUGGGUAUUUGCGCGGCGUGUGGAUUAUUGGCAUCCGUGGUGUCCCGGCUGUCUUGCUGGCCUUUAUUCCGAGACAGCAUGGCGUAUGCCAUCAGCGUGGCAGCUAUUAUCGCCAUUAUUUAUGACAAUAAAAUAUACUGGUUCGAGGCGGCCUCACUCUUGCUGAUCUACGCCGUGUACAUCGUCAUCCUCUGCUUUGACAUCCGCAUCAAUCAGUACAUGAUGAAGAAGUUCAGCCCCUGCUGUGCCUGCUUGGCCAACGCUCUGGAGGAGAACGGGGAGCAGCAGCCGCUGGUGGGCUGGAAUGAGGAGAGCGGGCGGCUGGUGGGCAGGUACUCGCGGUCGGACAGCGGGAUCUUUCAGGAGGACUCGGGCUACUCGCAGCUCACUCUCAGUUUACACGGCCUGCACGAGAGCCAUGAUGAUCACCCGAGUGUGUUCACCAUGCCCGACGCGGACCUGAAGCGGGUGCUGUGGGUGCUGUCCUUGCCAAUCGUGACUCUGCUCUUCCUGACUGUCCCCGACUGCCGGCGCCGUUUCUGGAAGAGGUGGUUUGUUGUCACUUUCUUCAUGUCUGCUGUUUGGAUUUCCGCUUUCACCUACGUCCUCGUGUGGAUGGUGACCGUAGUGGGUGAAACCCUGGGGGUUCCAGACACAGUCAUGGGGCUCACGCUCUUGGCAGCAGGAACCAGCAUUCCUGACACCGUGGCAAGUGUCCUGGUGGCGAGAGAAGGAAAGGGUGACAUGGCCAUGUCCAACAUCGUAGGAUCCAAUGUGUUUGACGUCCUGUGUCUCGGGUUACCGUGGUUCAUCAAAACGGUGUUUGUGGACAAUUCCUCACCUGUCCAAGUGAACAGCACAGGCUUGGUGUACACGGCCUCAGCUCUGCUCCUCUCCAUUGCAUUUCUUUUUCUGAUUGUGCACCUGAACAAGUGGAAAUUGGAUAAAAAACUUGGAGCCAUUUGCUUAGUACUGUACUUUGUGUUUGCUGUAUUAUCCAUUUUGUAUGAACUUGGAAUAAUUGGAACCAACCCAAUUGUAGCCUGUAGUGAUUGAAAUUAAAUUACCAAAGU